GAAUGACUAAUUAGCAAUCCAGCAUUCUUAUUCCGCUACAGAUUUUAUGCCGUGGUGGUUGAUUUAGAAGAAGAGGAUGCAUGUGUAUUGGAUCUUUAAAACAGAUUGGGUGUCCGCCGCCAUCUAUGGGGCUGCCGCUAGGAAAUCUAUGGCUGACUAGCUGGUGAUGCAGCUUUCCUCAAUACCGUCCACCUUCCUACGCUCAUUCGCGAGGCAAGAAAACUGUAUCCUUAAAUUAUACGCUUUUGGCAUAUCUUCACUUGCACACGGUACAUCGCCUCCUCCCUCCGAUUGAUCACAUCAAAUCCAAAAGGUGAUCCAUAUAUAAUCAAUCGAAAAUCAGCCGGAUGUCGGCAGAUCGACGUCACGACAGACCAGCAGGACAGCAGUACGUUGGCAGAUCGAUGGUAAAACAGGCAGCGGUACGUUGGCCCAUCGACGGCACAACGGGAGCAGUUGCCUCUGCACAAGGUGAACGGCGACGACGAGGACCUGACAACCGUGGCCAUGCUGAUUGUUAGCAAGCAGGAUAUAUUCAUGCUUGAAUUGGCAGCACAAAAAGGCCUGGGGGCAAGUGUUCUUCUUCGUGCUGGUGGGACUGCCUUCGGCAACAUGGCCGUAGGGUACGACAACGUCAAUGUCGAUACUGCCAACAUGAAUGGCAUCGCCAUCGGCAACACCGAUGGGCUGACGGAGAUGACGGCGGAGCUGGGGGUUUCACUUCCGGUGGCUGCUGGUCGGAGGACAGUGGAGGUCGACCAGUACAUGAGGGCUGGCCUCUACAACGGAUGGCUCCUGCACAUGUCACUGAAACUACCGGAAAAUUGAUUUCUAAUCUAGCUUUAUCUUACCUGUCAUUGCUACCACUAGCAAAGUGAAUUUUAGUGCAACUUGAUUUUGCUUGGUAGUAUGAUCUAUCAAAGGUUAGUAGCGUAGAUGUUCUUGGGAAUUUGCUCAAGGGGCAGACCGUGAUUGUGAUCGGAGCUGGCCGAAUUGGCUUAGCUUAUGCA